CAGCAAACGCAGAUCACGCCAAGAGAUCUGAGGACUAGUGGGUGUUUCUAAUUAGUAAAGAUAAAGUUAUGUUAUCGGUUGUUGUUCAGUCUGUUGCGUUUAAAUGAAACCGGAAGUCAGACUUCUGCUCCAGCAUCACUUCUGCUUCCAGGCUUCACACAGACCGAGUGAGCGACAGACUGAGUUCACUUCAGUUCAAACAUGGUGAAAGAACCUGAGCCUGGACUCCCCGGCUGGACCCGAACAGCGUCCUCGGUUCUGUCACACUUGAUCUGCGUCGGCUUCACUCUGUUCAUUGCUUUUGUGUCUCGACCCGGAAGCAGCUGGUUCUCGUGGCAUCCCUUCUUGAUGACUCUCGCUUUCUCCUUCUUCAUGACAGAAGCCAUACUCCUCUUCUCGCCCCACGCCUCCCCCAUCAGAAAGCUGCCACACAAGACCAAAGGUGGUGUUCACUGGGUCCUGCAGGGCCUGUGUGUGUCCUGUGCAGUCCUGGGCCUGGCUGUCAUCUUCUACAACAAACACCUGAUGGGUAAACCUCACUUCACUUCGUGGCACGGCCUCCUGGGCCUGCUCACCGUCUGCGUGGCGGGAACGCAGUCUUUGGCAGCUCUGCCUCUCGUUUACCAUUCUCUAGCCAAAGGCUGGUCCCUGGCCAGACUCAAGCGCUACCACGCGGCAUCUGGACUCGUCACCUACCUGCUUGGCAGCGGCAGCCUGCUCCUCGGCCUCUCCUCCACCUGGUUCAGUGCAUCUGUCAGGGAAUACACCUGGUACCUGUCAGCACUCUGCCCUGCUCUCAGCGCCCUCAUCAUAAUGAACCAGGUCUCCAGCGCUUACACGGCCAAGAAACGGCUGCAGUCCUGACAGAGGACGUGAGACGGACAAGGAAACCGGUGCUUGUGCGAGGUCUGCCAAAGAGAUGUCACUUUUGGAGACUGAUUUUUUAUUUAAGUCUGAAUGAGCUGAUUUCAUGCCUCUCUGCACCAGUGGAUGAUGAAACAUGUCUUGUCUUGCCUACACCAGUGGUUCUCUAACUGCCCUCCUUCACAGGCUCAUGAGCCCAAAGCUUCAGUCAAUCAUUAACAGCCUCUUGGGGAUCAAAGUUGAAUUUUAGUGACAUAAAGGUCAGCACGAUGGCAACUACAUAGUCUUUUCUGAUCAUAAAUUAUCCGUCCAUUCCCUUCUGCAGUGGCUCUGUGACUCCCCAGGGGGGGUCCCGACCCUAGUUUGAGAACCACUGUGUUGCAUACAGGACUGUAGCUGCCAACACAAACACUGGGGUCAUGUCUUCUGUUUUUUUUUUUCUGGGAAUUUAUGCUUAUACAAAUACCCUACAUGGCUCUUGUGAGUGGAAUCGGAUAUUUUUAGCCACGUUAGCUUUUGAUUCUCAGCAAAACGAACAACUUUCCCACCAGCCUGAUUUCUGUUUCUUGUUUAGCGCUAAUUAAAAGCGUCCUCAUCGUGAGCACGUUUGCCUGCUAGCGACAGUAUUUGCCUAAUCUUUGCACGCUGCUUGUCAUAAGACUCAAAGGUGAAGUAAUUCCAACACUAUUUAGGUGUUCAGUCAUACAUUUCUGUUUGGGUUUUUGGAUUCAUGACCUCAGUAUUUUUGCAAAUCCUGGCUACAGUCCUGAGUAUAUGUUGAAUUUUUGUAUCUCAGGUCAUUGAUUAUCCUGCCAUUUUGGCUUUUGAUGCUGCUUCUGCUAAAAUAUUCCACGCUAAUGACGUGCUGGGAAAUAAAAUCACUUGUCGAUGAUUCACACUGCCA